UGAAGAGAUGUGGACAUAUGCAUACAAGGUCCAAAAACAUUGGCUUCAUUAGCAUUCAGCUUUGUGCCUCUAGGUAAUAUGUAUCUGAAGCCAUGUAAUGUUUAACAGAGGAAAACAGCAGUAUGAGUAAAGCAGCAACAAACAGCACAGCCCAUUGAGAGCAAGAGCCUUCUGAAUGUAAAUAGCUGUGAAGAAUGAUGAGGGCCACCCUUCUGCUGUGCUUGCUGGUGGCCAUGCUUCACCUCAAUGCCCACAGCCUGACACAGACUGACCACCACGCUGCCCAGCCCGAGGCAACUGACCCCCAGGAGCAGCAUUCCCAUGAGAGAGAUCCUCUUAAGUCCUGCCAAAGGAUAGUCCCCAGCAAUACAGACUUUGCCUUUCAGUUUUACAGGCAAGCAAAUACCCAAGAAGCUGGCAAGAACAUUUUCUUUUCCCCAGUCAGCAUCUCUGCUGCCUUUGCCCUUCUGGCCCUGGGCUCCCGAGGCACUAGCCAGGCUCAGGUGCUGGAAGGGCUGGCCUUUAACCUCACCACCAUCCAGAAGAAGGAGAUACAUGAGGGCUUUCAUCAUCUCCUCCUCUUGCUAAACCGCCCUGGUAGCCAGGUGCAGCUGAGCAUGGGGAACACCCUGUUCAUGGACAAACACCUGAAGCCAACAAAAACAUUUCUGAAGGACAUCCAAAAACUGUACAGAGGAAAAGUGGUUUCUAGUAGCUUCCAGAAUUCCACUGAAGCUAAAAAAGAGAUCAACGAUUAUGUAAAGAAUAAAACCCAUGGGUAUAUAAACCAAAUACUUGAGGACCUUGAUCCCAACACUCUGAUGGUAAUUGUUAACUACAUUUAUUUCAAAGCCUACUGGGAAAAUCCUUUCAAUAUUAAGGGGACCCACAAGGACUAUUUCCAUGUGAAUGCAAAGACCUCAGCUGAAGUGGAGAUGAUGGUUCGAGAUGGAUUUUAUAAAGCAUACUCUGACAGGAAGCUGUCUUGCAAGGUGGUACAGAUUCCUUACAAGGGAGAUGUUGCAGCUUUGUUUAUCCUGCCCAAUAAAGGAAAAAUGAAACAGUUGGAACAUGCCCUGACAAAAAAAACUGUUUCUAAAUGGGAAAGAUCUCUUCAAAGAUGGAGGAUGGAAUUGCAUAUUCCAAAACUAUCAAUUUCAGGCACCUAUGACUUAAAGAAGAUCUUAAUGAACCUGGGUGUAACUGAUGUGUUUUCUGAUCAGGCUGAUUUGUCUGGAAUCACAGGAAACCCUGAUGUGAAGGUUUCAAAAGCUACUCACAAGGCCCUGCUGAAGAUUCAUGAGAAUGGCACAGAGGCUGCAGCAACCAGCAGCAUAGAUUUUCUUCCUCAUUCUGCUCCUCCCAUCGUUAAAUUCAAUCAUCCAUUUUUGCUGUUGAUUGUUGAUCAAUAUACUCAGAGCAUCCUCUUCAUGGGAAAAAUCGUAAACCCGACUGAAAAAUGAUUGGUCAUUGGCUGGUCAUAUUGAUUUGAAUUGCAUUUUAUGGAAUUAUUGUCCAUUGCAAUUAAAAUUAUAUAAAACAGUUA